AUGAACGGCACAGAGGGACCUUAUUUUUAUAUUCCUAUGGUUAACACCACCGGUGUUGUCCGGAGUCCUUAUGAAUACCCUCAGUACUACCUUGUCAACCCAGCAGCCUACGCCGCUCUGGGGGCCUACAUGUUCUUCCUCAUCCUGCUUGGCUUCCCCAUCAACUUCCUCACUCUCUACGUCACCAUCGAACACAAGAAGCUGCGGACCCCUCUAAACUACAUCCUGCUGAACCUGGCGGUGGCUAACCUCUUCAUGGUGUUCGGAGGAUUCACCACAACCAUGUACACCUCCAUGCACGGCUACUUUGUGCUCGGGCGUCUGGGCUGCAAUCUGGAAGGAUUCUUUGCUACCCUCGGUGGUGAAAUCGCGCUCUGGUCCCUGGUGGUCCUGGCGAUAGAGAGGUGGGUGGUGGUCUGCAAGCCCAUCAGCAACUUCCGUUUCGGAGAGAACCACGCAAUCAUGGGUUUGGCCUUCACCUGGAUAAUGGCCGCUGCUUGCGCUGUGCCUCCCCUUGUCGGCUGGUCCCGUUACAUCCCCGAGGGCAUGCAGUGCUCGUGCGGAGUCGACUACUACACUCGAGCUGAGGGUUUCAACAACGAGUCCUUUGUGGUCUACAUGUUCGUCUGCCACUUUCUCGCUCCGCUGACCAUCGUGUUCUUCUGCUACGGCCGUCUGCUUUGCGCUGUCAAGGAGGCCGCCGCCGCUCAGCAGGAGUCCGAGACCACCCAGAGGGCUGAGAGGGAAGUCACCCGCAUGGUUGUGCUCAUGGUCAUCGCUUUCCUGGUGUGUUGGUUGCCCUAUGCCGGCGUAGCCUGGUGGAUCUUCACUCACCAGGGUGCCGAGUUUGGACCAGUCUUCAUGACCAUCCCGGCUUUCUUCGCCAAGAGCUCCUCCAUCUACAACCCGAUGAUCUACAUCUGCAUGAACAAGCAGUUUCGCCACUGCAUGAUCACCACCCUGUGCUGCGGGAAGAAUCCCUUCGAAGAAGAGGAGGGCGCUUCCACCACGGCCUCCAAAACCGAGGCCUCCUCAGUUUCCUCCAGCUCCGUCUCCCCUGCGUAA